AUGGCUCCACUAGAAGAUGGGAAAUGUAAUACUUGGCAAUGUCAAUCAUCCAUCAGUGAACUAUCUCCAAAUGAUUUUCCAUAUCCUAAUACUAGAUAUUUACCCAGACUAGUACAGAUGGAAGAAGUUUUUAAUUACGUUCAAAAUAGUUCAUCCAUUCCUGGACACAGUGCAGAGGAAAAGCAAUCUGUGUGGAAGAAAGAAAUGGAUCAUAUCGAGAAACAUUCUAAUGGAGUUCCCCAAGAAGGUGGAAUAAGUAGACAAGACAAAGACCCUCAGCAACAGAACAAUGAGAAACCAAUUGAAACUGAAACAGAAGACAAUCCAGGAAUCAUGAGUUUUGAAGCUGGUGUAAAGCAAACACUGUGUGUGCUACCGCUUAGGAUGUGGACAGCUGUUACAGCCCUGUUGAGCCCCCUUUAGGCUACAGCUGUUACUGUCAGAUACACUUCCAAGAAGACAGGUGGCAGCUCCAAAAACUUUGAUGGAAAGUCAUCCAGCAGGUGCUAUGGCAUCAAGAAAGUGGAAGGUCACUAUGUUCAUGCUGGCAGCAUCCUAGGACCUCAUUGCCAGUUCUGCUGGCACCCAGGAGCCCAUGUGGGGCUGGGGAAGAAGAAGUGCCUGUAUGUCUUGGAAGAGGGAAUAGUCCACUACACUAAGGAGGUCUACAUGCCCAAUCCCAGCAAUACAGCAGCUAUGGACCUGAUCACCAGGCUACCCAAGGGUACUGUGCUCUACAAGGCUUUUGUUCAUGUGGUUUCCACCAAGCCUGAGAGCACUUUCAAACUGGUAGCUAUGCUUUUAACUCUUAGUUGA